AGAUAAUGUCAACAGAGUGAAUGUGACCACACAAAAUGCGAGUAGUAUAAUUCUGACCUGGAACAAGGUUAACAACAUCCCAACAUACAUCCUGCAAUAUGGUGAUAGAACAGAAGAUAUUAAUAAAACUGAAGAAGGACCCAUAGAACAUGUGGUCACUUCUCUGACUGCUGGAACAAACUACACAUUCACUCUCUUCACCGUGUCUGAUGGACUCAACAGCAGUGGAUACAGAUUCAGUGCUGUGACAGCUCCUCUUAACACCGAGGAAUUUAAGAAAAAUGGACAAGAUGAGACCAGCAUAACUCUGGGGUGGAAAACAGUCCCCAACAUUGACAAUUAUAUUCUUGUAUUUAAUGAAACACAGAUCAACAUUAGUAAUUCUACAGAAGAAUACAGAGUGUCAGAUUUGACCAGUGGAACCAGAUACAGUUUCACUCUCUUUACUGUGUUUGGAAAUGUCAGCAGCAGUGGAGUAAACUGCAUCGCAGUCACUGCUCCUAAUAACACUGAAGAAUUUAAGAAAAUUGGACAAAAUGAGACCAGCAUAACUCUGGGGUGGAAAACAGUCCCCAACAUUGACAAUUAUAUUCUUGCGUUUAAUGGGAGACAGAUCAACAUUAGUAAUUCUGCAGAAGAAUACAGAGUGUCAGAUCUGACCAGUGGAACCAGAUACAAUUUCACUCUCUUCACUGUGUUUGGAAAUGUCAGCAGCAGUGGAGUAAACUGCAUUGCAGUCACUGCUCCUCGUAAUGCUGAAGAAUUUAAGGCUGUUGAUCAAAAUGAGACCAGCAUAACUCUGAUGUGGAAAGCAGUCCCCAACAUUGACAGUUAUCUGCUUGUGUUUAAUGGGAGAGAGAUCAACAUUAGUAAUUCUACAAAUGAAUACAGAGUCUCAGAUUUGACCAGUGGAACCAGAUACAGUUUCACUCUCUUCACUGUGUUUGGAAAUGUAAACAGCAGUGGAGUAAACUGCAUCGCAGUCACUGCUCCUCGUAACACUGAAGAAUUUCAGGCUGUUGAUCAAAAUGAGACCAGCAUAACUCUGAUGUGGAAAGCAGUCCCCAACAUUGACAGUUUUCUGCUUGUGUUUAAUGGGAGAGAGAUCAACAUUAGUAAUUCUACAAAAGAAUACAGAGUGUCAGAUUUGACCAGUGGAACCAGAUACAGUUUCACUCUCUUCACUGUGUUUGGAAAUGUAAACAGCAGUGGAGUAAACUGCAUCGCAGUCACUGCUCCUCGUAAUGCUGAAGAAUUUAAGGCUGUUGAUCAAAAUGAGACCAGCAUAACUCUGAUGUGGAAAGCAGUCCCCAACAUUGACAGUUAUCUGCUUGUGUUUAAUGGGAGAGAGAUCAACAUUAGUAAUUCUACAAAUGAAUACACAGUCUCAGAUUUGACCAGUGUAACCAGAUACAGUUUCACUCUCUUCACUGUGUUUGGAAAUGUCAGCAGCAGUGGAGUAAACUGCAUCGCAGUCACUGCUCCUAAUAACACUGAAGAAUUUCAGGCUGUUGAUCAAAAUGAGACCAGCAUAACUCUGAUGUGGAAAGCAGUCCCCAACAUUGACAGUUAUCUGCUUGUGUUUAAUGGGAGAGAGAUCAACAUUAGUAAUUCUACAAAUGAAUACACAGUCUCAGAUUUGACCAGUGGAACCAGAUACAGUUUCACUCUCUUCACUGUGUUUGGAAAUGUCAGCAGCAGUGGAGUAAACUUCAUCGCAGUCACUGCUCCAAAAAAUGUCCAGACUGUGACUGUGACACAAAAUGAGAACAGUAUAACUCUGACGUGGGACAAAGUUAAUGACCUACUAACAUACAUCCUACAAUAUGACAGUGGUAAUAUUGUUAUUGGCAAGAAUGACAUGGGCGGAUACACGACAUCAGGUGCAUCAGUUACAUGUGUGGUCUCUUCUCUGGAAGCUGGGACAAACUACAGUUUUACCCUCUUUACUGUGUUUGAGAACGUCAACAGCUCUGGAUACAACUUUAGUGCACCGACAGUUCCACCAGUGGUGCCUUGGGUCAAUGUGACUGAACGAUUUACUAACAGCAUAACUCUAGAGUGGGAGAACAUGAAUAAAGCCUGGCAAUACCAGCUUCAAAUCAAUGGUCGUGUGUCAGAUAGUGUGUCAGACGUCUCCUCAGAUACAAUCAGAAAAGUAGUGACAUCUCUUCAGCCUGGAACAGAGUAUGAUUUCAGCUUAACCACAGUGUUCGCUGGACUCAGGAGCACUCCUUAUAUGAGUUUCACAGUAACAGCCAUAGACUGUGCCAGUGCAGACUGGAAAGUUACCAACUCAUCAAUCAAAGCAAAGAUUGAAGGCUUGUUCUCGAAUGCAACCACCCAUUAUGGAUCUAACGUUCAUGUCAGUGAUGGACGUGAAAAUGUGUCAUUUACUGGACUUUACCCUGGUACCACCUAUCAGAUAUCUCUUGUCUAUGAAAAGUCUUCCAGAGUUUUCCUGCAGUGUGAACACAAAUUAACAAUUCUUCCUCCUAAUCUAAAUGCUCACUGUGAGUACUGGGCAGCUGGAUACUCUGUUCUUAUUAAAUGGACAGACCCAGAGGGCGAGUGGACUAAUGCGGAGGUGAAUGUGACUGGAAAGACUCACACAGUAGCUAGUCCUGAAACUAAAAUCAUAAUCGAUGGAUUCCAACCUGCCAAAAAAUAUAAGGUGUCUGUAACUUCACUGUCUGGGGUGAGGAGGAGUUCUGAACCGCAUGUGUUUUACUGUCAGACUGAUCCAAGGGGAGUUAUUGCAGGGUCCGUAUUUGGCGUGCUUCUUUUUGGUCUCCUGGUCGCUCUGGUUGUCUUCAUUUUCCUCAAAAGACCAGAUAUUAUUAGCAGAAAGAAGUCUUCAUUCAUUGGUGGAUCCAAAGUAUCUAACACACAGAGCAAAUCUAUUCCUGCUGCAAAGUUUCCGGACCACUUCCAUCAGCUGAGUUUGGAUGAGAACAGAGGCUUCAGUGAGGAAUAUGAGUGCCUCGCUCCUGUUGGAACAGACCAGACACGAAAGACUGCUAAUCUACCUGAAAACAAAGCAAAGAAUCGUUUCAGUAACGUCUUGCCAUAUGACUGGUGUCGUGUGAAGCUAACUACAUCAGAUCCUGAUGGAAUUUCAGACUAUAUCAAUGCCAAUUACAUGCCGGGCUACAGCAGUAACAGAGAGUACAUUGCCACUCAGGGCCCUCUGCCCUCUACUGUUAAUGAUUUCUGGAGAAUGAUUUGGGAACAAAGAGUUAAGAGGAUUGUAAUGGUAACCAACUGCAUUGAAGGAGGGCGGACCAAGUGUGAACAAUACUGGCCUGCAGACAGUAAGCCAUGCCUUUAUGGAGAGCUGUUGGUCACCAUGAGAUCUGAGCAACAGGAGACCAACUGGACACUGAGAGAAUUCAACCUGAAAGAUAGAAAAACCUCAGAAGAACAGACAGUUAAACAUUUCCACUUUACUGCCUGGCCUAAUCAUGGAGUCCCAGAGUGCACAGAGGUCCUGAUCCAGUUCAGAGGACUGGUGAGACAGCACAUAGAGAGAGAAGGGGGCAAAGCACCAACUGUGGUUCACUGCAGUGCUGGAGUCGGGAGAACUGGCACUAUCAUUUCCCUGGAUGUGCUGCUUCAGCAGCUGGAGAAAGAACAAGCAGUCGGCAUCAAUGCCUUCGUACACAAGAUGAGACUGAACCGACCGUACAUGGUGCAGAAGGAGUCCCAGUACAUUUUUCUGCACCAGUGCAUCAUGGACAGUCUGCAACCAAAAGACACAAAUGAAGAGAACAUUUAUGAGGAUAUACACGAGAACACGGACGAGACGGCAGACAGCAUAUACGUCAAUGCCACUGCUCUCCAAGAGUUCCGUCGGCACAAUGUAAACGCCUAGUAUUAACCCUGCACUUAAUCUUUUAUGCACUUAAUGAAAAACUAUUUGUCUAUGAGCAAUAUUUUGGUUUUAAACUUAAUAAUACAAACUAUUACAUCUUAACUGUUUCCGUAUAUGCAUUGCACACUUCAGAUCUUAUUUAGUUUGCAUCUCUUCUAAAUGUGUGAUAUCAUAGUUGUUGUUGUUGUUGUUGUUGUUGUUGUUUUUGUGUGAGAAAAUAGCUCUCUGAUGACUUGGGAAUGUUAAAAAUGUCAUGGUCCUGGGUCCUUUUCACCCAGCAUGUUGAGUUUCUUCUGUUCUAGUGAUAUUUUGUAUUAUGGUUUAUGUUCAGGUUCAUUUAUAGUCUUAGUUAUUCUGUUUUGAAUUUCUUUAUACUCCCUGUUUAGUUCUUGGAUUAUUAGGUUUCCCCUUGUGUCUUUGCCCUCUGUGUCUCUCUCUCUGUGUCUGUGUUUAUGUGUUUGUAUGAGCCGCUGCGUCUUGUCUCCCUCCUUCUGUUCCAUUCUAUGUUUCCCGAGCCCGUCAUAUCUCCUCUCUCUCCCUCGUGUUCCCUUGCUCCCUUUCGUCUGCCUUUCCUCCACUCCUCUGUCAAACUCAUGUGUCAGUCUUGCAUUCAUUCAUUUCCUGUUUUAUUGUGAAGGUCUUGUGUUCCAUGUUCAGUGUGUUUAGUUUUGGUUCCCUGGUGUCGUCAUGUCUAAUUUGGCUACGUUCACACUGCAGGCGAAAGCGCAUCAAAUCCGAUUUUUUCGCCCCUAUGCGACCCAUAUCCGAUCUUGGUAUGACAGUGUGAACGGCACAAAUCCGAUAUUUUCAAAUCCAAUCU